AUGUGCAGCGAAUUUGAAACAGCCGUGCGAAAGUAUAACAGCAAGCCAGAAACGGGCUUACGAGACUGGGCGAAAAUGGAAUUUAUGGGAGGCGACAUUAAUGCGUUCAUUGACACUCUGGUGGCCUUCAAGUCGACGAUUAGCAUCGCCCUUGACACAAUAACAACGAGCUCCUCCCAGUUCAGCCAGGAAUAUGAUGAGAGGAUCAAGGAUACAAUUUACGAUCUCGAAGUCCGCCUACAACGCCUCGAAGACGAACUGUCGCAUCCUAGUCCAGGCGACACCAAGACUUGGGAUGCAAUUACGAUCCUGCAGCACGAAAAAGAAGCGUUGAAGCUAUGCCUUCGCAACGCAGCCGAAUCCGAGCAAAACUCAGUCGAGGUGCAGCGCAAAGCGCAUCAGGCGCUGAAGGAGGCGCGAAAUAAGCUCGCGUGGGCGUCGCGUGGAGAUGAGGGCCCGGACCCGCAGGACACGACACCAUUGCCCGGCGGCGGUCCUCCAACAGGAAAGAUGUGCGCCGGCGAUGCUCUCAACAAACCGGCGACACGUGCCGCCCGCUUUCGCAACGAUGGCCAGUGGCACGCCACGUCCCAUUAUUUCCAAUUAUACACCAUGGCGCGUGGGGUUGCCAUGGACAUCGGUCAGAUCUUUUAUGAAGAUGCAUGUGAUGUCCACGGCCGUCCACGCCCACCCACGCAGCCACAGACCCGCCGCCUGCCCACCAUGUCGACUGCUUUUGCGCGUCCCAUUGACUGGGACAAGAAGACGGUCUCGGUCACGACCACGUCCGUCUCGGAUGGCUCCGUGGACGUCCCGCCGCUGGGCGACCCGGCCAACGAGCGCCGCUUCUGGUGGCAGCGGCGCACCAGCCGGGGCUACGACCCCGAGAACAUUGCCACGCUGCCGAGUGUGUUUGACGACCCGGACACGGCCGACAAGUACCAGCCGCCGGCGAAUUGGGAAAAUAUCAAGUGCUUCGAUCCGCGCGCGCGGUGGACCUGGCGCGAGGAGUAUGCGCUGCUGCGCAAGAUCGACCUGCGCAUCAUGAGCUUUGCGUGCAUCAUGUUCAUCGCGCUGGAGCUCGACCGGUCGAACCUGGGCCAGGCGCUGUCGGACAACUUCUUGACCGACCUGGGGCUGACGACAAAUGACUACAAUCUCGGCAACACCGUCCGCCUCAUCUCCUUCCUCUGCGCCGAGAUCCCCUCGCAGCUCGUGUCCAAGUGGAUGGGCCCCGACCGCUGGAUCCCCCUGCAAAUGUGUCUCUGGAGCAUCGUCGCCGGCUCGCAGUUCUGGCUCCAGGGCCGGUCCUCGUUCCUCGCCACCCGCGCGCUCCUCGGCAUUCUCCAGGGCGGCUUCAUCCCCGACGUCAUCCUGUACCUGUCCUACUUUUACAAGCACUCCGAGAUGGCCCUCCGCCUCAGCUGGUUCUGGGGCAUGGACACGGGCGGCGAGAUCAUCGCCGACAUCCUGGCCUACGGCAUCCUCCACCUGCGCGGCGUGCACGGCCUGUCCGGCUGGCGGUGGCUGUUCUUGAUCGAGGGCAUCAUCACGCUCCUGGUCGGCCUGCUGGCCUUCUUGAUGAUGCCUGCUGGACCGUGCCAGACGGCCAGCUGGUUCCGCGGCAAGAACGGCUGGUUUACGCCGCGCGAAGAGACCAUCAUCGUGAACCGCGUUCUGCGCGACGACCCGUCCAAGAGCGGCAUGCACAACCGCCAGCCCGUGACGCCCAAGCUGCUGUGGAAGAGCCUGUGCGACUACGACUUGUGGCCCCUGUAUAUGAUCGGUAUGCUCUUUGAGAUCCCGUCCAGCCCCCCCGGCAGCUACUUGACGCUGUCGCUUCGCGGCCUGGGGUUCACGACCUUCCAGGUCAAUCUCCUCGCGAUUCCCCUCAACGUAUUGUCUAUCGUGACCAUGUUUCUGCUGGCCGCCUUCUCCGAGUGGUCCGGCCAGCUCGCCUUGUCGUCGCUUUUCGCCCAGGUCUGGGUUCUGCCGUUCCUCGUCUGGCUCGAGGUCGCGUACUCCAGCACCAGCAACAAGUGGGUCGUCUACGCCGUCAUGACGCUGUUUCUGUCGCAGCCCUACGCGCACCCCAUCCAGGUCUCCUGGAACAGCCGCAACUCCAACACGGUCCGCUCGCGCACCGUGUCGGCCGCGGCCUACAACAUGUUUGUGCAGCUGUCGGGCAUCAUCAGCGCGCAAAUCUACCGCGCCGACGACGCGCCGCUGUACCGCCGGGGCAACAAGGUGCUGCUGGGCAUAUUGGCGCUCAACUUUGUCGUCUACGGCUUUGCCAAGGUGUACUACGUCAAGCGCAACCAGUACCGCGAUCGCGUGUGGAACGGCAUGACGGAGGAACAGCGGCUGCACUACCUGGCGACGACCACGGACGAGGGCAACAAGCGGCUGGACUUUCGGUUUGCCCAUUAG